AUGGACCAGGAGAAGCAUACAAGUGUUGAAGCUGAAGACUUUGUAGAACACAUCAAGAAUAUACAUGAGGUAAAAAAGCACAUUAACAAUAUAAACCUGCAGUAUAAGGCGAAGGCAAAUCAGAAAAGGAGGUAUAAGGAGUUCCAGAUUGGUGACGAGGUGAUGGUCCAUUUGAGGAAAGAAAGGUUCCCAAUGGGAACAUACAAUAAACUGAAGAUGAAAAAAUUUGGUCCUUACAAGAUUUUGAAGAAGCAUGAUUCAGGGAACACAUAUGAGGUAGAGUUGUCAGAUGGAAUUAAUAUUUCUCCUAUGUUCAACAUUGCAAACUUAACAAAAUAUCAUGAAGGUGGCAUAGAGGAGGAACCAGUGUUAGAACAAUGUAAUAUCCCUGCACCUACUUCAGAGAAGGAGGAGAUCAAAGUAAUUUUGGAUAGCCAUGUGGGAAGGACUACUAGAAACAAAUAG